AUGACUUCUGAAACCAGAUUGAUCAAAGUUGGUCCAGCAGAAAGGUAUAGUCGCUACAGUGACUAUUUUGAUCUUAAAGGUCGCAGUGAAAUCUCCCAGAUUUUCGUUUCAGGAGGAGACGACGGGAUAAUGUCGAUCCAGUUCCAAUACGUGGAAAAUGGAGAAUACGUGUUAUCCAAACUAUACGGUACUCAGGGCAGUACAUAUAAGUUUCACACCAUCGAGUUGAACCAUCCUGCUGAGUAUAUUACUGGAGUCAAUGGUCUAUAUUCUGAUAAGUCUGAUAACAUUAAAGUGAUCACUUUCACUACCAACAUCCAGGAGUAUGGUCCGUUUGGUGUAACUAACCCAUAUCUGCAGAGCCAGUUUAGCGACCCAAGAUCUUUUUCCUACAAUCUUGGAAAGUCCUGUCAGUUUGGUGGUUUUCAUGGGUCUUACUACUCUAUCUCUGGUCUCUUAUCUAUCGGUUUUUAUCUUAGUGCUAAAACACUACCGCCCAGCCUUGGUUCAGAGACUCCAAAGAAAGAAUCUUAA